AUGGCAGAGGCACCCCUGACGCAGACACAAACACAGACACAGACCCCCCAGCCACUCACCCUCGUUCACACGUCCUCGCGGCGGGUGACGGCUGCCAUUGGCUUCCACUCGUUUGCGAAACAGCCACCGCCUGCUGGCCACGAGUCGUCUCUGUCUUCGUCUUCGUCACCGCCCGAACGGUGGCUCCGCCCAACCCAAAAUGUGACGCUGCAGUUCCCCGCGGACCUCGACCCGACUGCCGGCACGCACGGUCUCAGCGGCGCCGACCGACGGUGCACGCUGACACCAUGUGCGGCCACACGCGACGACGUGUCCAUCCUAACACGCAACGGGCGCAUCACGGGCCUGCUGGGUCUGCCGCGGCCGUACCAGACGCUGACGGCGGACGUGGUCGGCGUGGGCGGCGGGUUUGCGGUAGCGGUCUUGGCGGACGCCACGCGCUGCCUCUGCGUGGCCGGUGGCACGGGCGUGGCGCCGUUCCUCACCAUGCCGCACACCGGGACCAAGUCGCUGUGCUGGAGCCUGCGGAGCGACGACUUUGGGGCCGUGGCGUUUGUGCUCCGGGAAGCGCUGCUGCGGCCCGACGAAUGGUCGUCUGUGUCUGUGUUUGUCACGUCGGGCGAAGACGCAGGCGGCCUCGUGGCCGAGAAGCCGGCAGCAUGGUGGGCGGCGACGUUCGCGACGCUGCGAGAAACGUAUCCAGGCAACCUGCAUUUUGCCAAGAGACGGAUGGCGAGCGAGGACGUGGCAAGCGAGGAGACGACGGGCAACCGGACCGUUCUCUUUUGCGGUAGCAAGUCGCUCGAGUGGCAGAUACGCAUGUGGACCAUGGGCCAAGCGACCGUCUACGUGACAGAGGUGUAA